AAAUCCAGGUUUUUCCUUCUAUGUUUCACAAGGGGUUCUCACACAGAUAAUAUCUAGAGGCAGGGGACCUUUUGCCCCUUUUCGCAAAAAAACACAGAGAUAAUAUCUGGAGAGCUCCCCUUUUUUUUUUCUUUUCUUAUUCUGAACUACUCCGUAACUUAUAAGCAUGUAAACUCAUAUGUUCAGUCUGAAUAGUAUCCCCUCAUCAUCAGCAGCAGCAAGCAGCUCAUCUCACUUGAUGAAAAUGACCAUUGGUAUUACCUGGCAGUGCCAUUGUAAUUCUCUCACGAAGUUGCAGCCUAGGUUUUUCCAAGUCUUCAUUCUGAUAUCUCGGUGCUCACCGAUGCUCCUCGGAGCCUCACCUCGUAGUGUAAUUACCUGUACACUUUUCCUCAGUAUCUUGUUAGCACCGUAACUUAUUACUCCUCGUUUUACUUGAGCAGAGAGCACAAUAAUGCUAAUCCAUUGCGCUGGUGCAGCACGGGGGCUGAUAUGAUGUUGACCAGGAUCAUUUUCAGAAUAUGCAGGCCUCAGAACUCAGCUAGAGAGAAUAUGCUUUCUGAAGAAGAACCCCGUCGAAUCGAAGCAACCAAGCUUGCUUGCACACAUCUACUAUCUCCUCCAGCAGAGUCGUCUACUGGAGUACCAGUAGUGCUGCAUUUCGCUCGAAGACUCUUUUACCCAGGGCAGAAAGCGAGAGCUCAUCGCGUCCCAGCCAAGCCAAAGCCACAGAACCAACCAACCCAAUCUCCAACAACAGCUCGACCAAACCGAUCGGAUCAAUGGAGGCGGGGGACUCGCAAUCCAUGUUCCUGCCAUUCCUGCUGAUGUUCGCCUCCAUCUACCUCGUCGCCUACCUGUUCCUCUUCCGCCGCUGGAGCCGGGACCAGCGUCCCGACGCGUCGAGCUGCCUCACCUCGCUCUUCCACGGCACGCCCGCGGCGCUUCUCGCCCUGCGCGCGGUCCUCUCCAACCCUAGUUUCGCCGGCGGCGACCUGGCGCUGGCGGCGCCCAACACGGCGGCGGAGGACCUCGUGCUCGACUUCAGCACGGCCUACUUCGCCGUCGACCUCCUCCACUACCUCGUCUUCCUCCGCCACGAGACCCUCUUCAUCGCGCACCACCUCGCCACGCUCUACGUCUUCGCCACCUGCCGCGCCGCGGCCCGGCGGGGCGCCUACGGGCUCCUGGCGCUCGAGGUGCUCGCCGAGGCCACCAGCCUCGCGCAGAACCUCUGGACGCUCGCGGGCAUGCGCCGCGCCCAGGGAUCGCCGGCCGCCGCCAGGGCGCACGCCGCGCUGUCGCUCCCCUUCUACGUGGCUUACACGGCCAUGAGGGGGGUGCUCGGGCCGCUGUGGUUCGUCAAGAUGGUCAGGUUCUACGCCGCCGCCGGGAGACAGUCUGGAUUGCCGGCGUGGGCGUGGGUUUCGUGGAGCGUGGUGAUCGGGGCCGGGAUCCUGCUCAGCGUGCUGUGGGUGGCCAACCUCUGGCUCGCCUACUUCAGGGACAGGAUCCACAGCAGCAAGACGAAGGAGCAAUGAUUUGGAGAAACGGACGUUCGUUCUCCAUCUGUGCAAACAAACACCACACUUCUUUCAUUGUUUGUUUGCCAUCCUUCCCUUGGGAUGGGGAUUUGGAGUUGGAGCACGAAAACUGUGUGAUAUUCCCUGCAAUUAUUAGAGCAUUUAAUUUUUUUUCCACCCAGCCGAAUCCUACAAUUCGAGCCCCAUUCGGUGACAUGUCUUUUGAGGUUGACGCAAGUGACCAUCUCAAUCUUGGAGAAGCCUCUUAUAAAGUUUUCCAAGAUC